CUUGGAAUGAUUGCUCUACGAACGGAUCUUUAGAUUUAAGCAAAAUUACCACAACACAACCAUACAACUUGUACUGGUUUCAUCUAAACUACUUGCUCAAAUCCUAAUUCUAUGUUGCUACAAAAAUUAUACCAUCUUUUAUCAUAGUUCCGUAAGACCAUUAUCAUAUUCAAUUAAGCCAUUACCAUUAUCAUCAUCUCAAAGCAAGGCUAAUCUGAUCACCGGAAUCUCACCGCAUUGCAUAGACUGCUUCGACGAGCAGCAAAAAACGUUGAGCGCGUGAAAGCGAACUCGUCUAGGCAGCACGCCAUUGUCAGCACGCCAUUGUCGGCGAAGCUCAGAGGAGGUUGGCAACGGUGAGUGACAGGUUUGGUCGUCGGAGUUCCAGCGGUGAGGGAGUUCUGGUUGCUAAUCUACUACGGUGAGUUGGGCGAAACUCUGGGAUGUUGAGGGGAGGCUCAAGGGCUUAUUUUUUAUAUCUAGAGGUGACAGGGAGUCGUGGUUGGUUCGGACUAGGGUUUGCAAUGACGGAUUUUAUCCCGACCAAUUCUCGAGUUUGAAUCAGGCUCAGAAAGAGAUAUGAUGGGCAAAAUAUCGCGUAUGGCAUCUGGAUUCCACCUGAUUAACUCCUAGGGGAAAAUCCUUUUGAGUUUGCGCGAAUUUGGGAAGAUUUGAUGCGGUUGGCGAGUUGAUCUAGGACUCGACUUCGCGUUUGAAACGAGCUCUUCUAGAGAUAGGGUGGGCUAGAGACGAAGAUAACAUGGAAUUCGUUUGGCAUGAGUUCGGUUGGAAUCAGUCUCGGGUUCGAUCGAAGCGGCAUUGGGGAUUGUCGAUGUCUUGCGUGUGCCAGACAGGGAGCAAAGGAGAGGCGAGCAAGAGCAACGCGACGGCGUCGACUGCAGGCUUCGCAUCGCUCCAAAAGUGGGCCGAGAUGGAAAGUUGUUGCGGCCUAGAAGAGAGAGAGAGAGAGAGAGAGGUUUGGAUUCCGCUCCAGUAGCUUUUGGUUUUCUUUUCCUUCUUUUUUAUUCGAUUUAUACAUAUAUGUAUAUACAUACUAUAUAUUAUUUAUUAUACAUCACAAAUCAAUCAAGCAUAAAACAAUUAUAAAUCAACCAUUUGCAUACAAAAAUCAAAACCAUUCAUAUAUACAUAUAUGUGUAUAUAUUUAUUUAGGUUUUAUUUAUUCAACUCUCACUUUCUUUUGCAUAAAAAUAAUUUUGAUUUAUUCUGAAAUUGGGUUGUGGAAGCCGAUGGAGAGGAUGAAGGCUUGGAAGCGACUGUACGAGGCGCCACGAGUCCAUAGAGCAACUUGUUGAGGCGGCACACAUGGUCUAGGUCCAUGGAGUCGAUGAAGUCGGACGGCUGCUGACAAUACACGGUCUCAAUGAGAGUGCCAUGCAAAAAUGCAUUUUUGACGUCCAGUUGAUGGACGGGCCAAUUGCCGCAUACGAUGAGAGAGUAUUGUUCAGAUGGUGGGUGGCUUGACGACAGGGCUGAACGUCUUGUCAUAGUCAGCUUGGCUGCUAUGAGAAGCCUCACAAAACCCAUCGCGCCUUGUAUCGAGCCAAGGAGCCGUUGGAGUUGAGUUUGUGGCGGUAGACCCAUUUGAUGGUGACGAUGUUUGCGUUCGGAGGAGGGGGAACGAGAUCCCAAGUGCGAUCGAUGGUGAGGGCAUUGGACUUUUCCAACAUGCUCGUGCUGCAAUGUGGAUCAGUGAGGGCUCCACGGUAGGUCUUCAGCGGGGGGAGAUGGUGUUUGUUGUCGAAGCCUGGAGGGUAAGUGUUGGAACUGAUGUUCCGAACAAGGAGAACCUUCGCUUAUAGGGAAAACCGAAGGCUUCUAGGUGUGACACGUCUCAAUUGAUUCCGCCCGUCUCGGAUACAGUAUGGCCCUAUUUAUAGCCCGUACUUAACCACUCCACGCGGGGUUUACAGUUUUUACCCCCUUACCUGCUACAUUCUCGAAAAAUUCGGGGGCAUUAUGGUACAAUCCAACGUAUUUACAUAAUUACAACUCUGCCCCGGGCAGUUAAAUGGGCCCUGACAUCCAGUCAUGGUCUUCGAUCGACCCCAAGAUUCCGCCGAAGGCUUCUCAGCUAUCAGUCGGAGGUUCACCACAGGCUUCGUUGCUCCCCUUUGGCGCCAUUGAUUGAUUCCUCGGUCCCAGUCCGAAGACGCGCUGCUAUCUUCGCCCAUUCCGGUCAGCAAACUACCGGUGUAGUCUUCGGCUUCCGACCGAAGGCUCGUUGUCGCCUUCACCAACGCGGGUAGCUGGGACCGCGAGCACGCCUCCGAUCUUCGACCAAAGGAUCGUCUGGGUCUUCGCCCGCACGGAUGAAGGACUUGGGCCAACCUCUGGGUUGCGACCGAAGGUACUUCGUGAUCUUCGCCUGCACUCCCUGAAACACUCCUGUAAUCAUCCGAAUGCGUAGCCUUCGGUAGCCUUCGAGUUACCCUAAGAGGGGGAGGGCGAGAGAUCAUCCCCAAUAGUAGCUCCCUACAGGUAAGGUUCAUCUUCGAUGGGCCGAACCUGUAGACUUCAAGAUGUGUCUCAGCACCGUCCCCUUCGGCCCGUCGAUGGCUUGCGGGGGUGGAUGCACUUCAGGAAAUUGCCGGAUUAAUUAAUUAAUUAUUUUUGGUAUGACCAUGCUGCCCCUGAGUAAUUGUUUUGUUUACAUGCAUUAAAUGUCUUCAAUGGAUACCAAGACGCAUUUCCCACUUCGAUUCGAAUUUCGACGCGCCUCAUUUUAACCGCUAUCCUCGCUGCUGUAAAUACUGGUCCACAGUUCAUUUUUACUGUGCGCCACUGCUCGAGCUGCAGCUCUCGUACGAAGCUUCUCACUCUCUCCUCCGAGUCUUUCGCCGUCCAAGACUUUUCAGGUCAGCCCGAUGGCGCCGAAGGCUAGGUCUAAUCGCCUGAAGACAUACUGGAUUGGGCAGUCGAAGGUGGAUGACGAAGUGCUGGUCAGUCUCGUGAAAGACGGAUUGAUCAGCGACAUCUAAAAGGUUAGGCUCCCCGUGAACCAGGAGACACUGGAGCCUUCUGAAGAAGAAGCUGUUGUUUUCGUUGACUACUUUCGAGCAUGCCUUCGCUUGCCCUGCGAUGAUAUGGUUGCCAAGGUACUGAAAUUAUUCGAAGUGUACCUGCACCAGCUGACGCCCAACGCCAUUGUGAGGCUAGGUCUAUUUGCCUGGGCUGUUUGAUCUGAGGGAGCAAAAGCAUCGGCCAGGGCCUUCGCUGCUGCUCACCGGCUUCAUCAUCAGCCGAAGCCAGUAUUCGCCCGAAGCGUGCAGAGCGAGGCACAUUAUGGGUGCUUAAACUUCGCUUACCGCGCCGGGUUAUCCACGCCUGCCAUCGUGUAUAAAAAUAAAUGGCCAAAGGAUUGGACGCAGUGGUGGUUCUACCACAAGGUGGAUCAACAGGAAUUUCUCGUGUCGAAAUGCGAGGAGGUGAAGGGGAACCGCGCUCCGGACGUACAAUUGAAAGCGUCCCAGCGGACUGCUCUCGAGGCCUUCGCUAGGUGUGCGAAGUAUUUAUCCACUUGGGACCUCGUGGAGGAGUUUAUAGCCGUCGGAGUUGGCCCCCUAGCCGGGAUUGGAGCAUCCUGGAGUUUGGGGAGAAAGGGCCUGAAGGGCUCUGCCAUCCUCAUCCUUCCGUGCACGGCUUCACGGGUACACAUUCAUUUACUAUUAUUAAUGUUUCUGGAUUUAACUUCGCUGUCAUUUGCUUACGUUUCUUGAUCUUCACCAGACUUGUUGGUGUCUGAAGUCAAAACGAAAGCUACGAUGCUUGUCGGGAAGUUCACGCCGGGCGAAGCGCAGUUGUGCGCUGAACAAGGUCUUGGCCGAAGGCUCAAUCGAGUCUUGGAAUACAUGGGCCUUUCUUACAGAGAGAGGCUGAAGAUUAGCGCGUUCCUGCAGGGUCCUAGAGAGGGCUCCCCGGCGGAGGAGGCCAGCGAAGAGGUUUCCACUGGCGCCUCGAAAAAGCGAAGACACCCCGAACACUCGCUGCGAGGAGGCCGAAAGAAGGCAUUGGCCCUUCGGAAAAGGCCGCGUGAGGUUGCCACCGAGGACGCUUGCGAAGAGGCAUCUCCUGAGGGUGUGGUUGCACCGCGUGCCGUACCUUUAAGGCAAGAGGUGCCCGAGGGCACCCAGGAUCCCCGUCCCUCCUUGAAAUCGGGGUUCUGUUCUCGCGUGGACCUUCCCACGCUAAUCCUAAGUGAUGAUGAGGAGGACCUGGUAGAGACACGAACUAUCGUUGGGACUACUGCCAGGGACACUGAGGUCGAAGGGGGGUGACAAUAUUGAAGCUGUAGCCUACUCUUCGUCCUCAUCAUCCUUGAGCUCAUCCUCUGGUACUGAGGAAUCGACUCCUAGUGCGCCCCACCACGGCGGGAAAGGGCUAAUGAGCCACGGCGGGCUGAUUGACACGAAGGCCAUCGAGCCUGAGGCGUUCAAGGUUUCUUUGUUUGAACCAAGCUCCUGGGAGGUAAGUAAUGCGAAGAAGAUUUUUAGCACCUUCGUCCUGCCUGAGCUUGAGAUUUCACUUGCGCGGAAGCCCGCCGCCGAACAUCUCAACCUCUCCGACGUGGCGAUUGCGAAGGCUGUGCUUAUCUCGCGGGCUCAACGCAAACAGGCGGAAAAUUACGAAGCCCGCGCUCAAAACACGGAGGCGCAAAUAGAUAUGUUGCGAAAGCGUGCUGAGAGAGCUGAAGGCCACAAACGGGAAUUUGCGCACCGAGCGAGGGAAGCCGAGUCGCGCCUGGAGCAACUCGAGAAGGAACUUAGCGUCCUACGCUCAGAGAAACAGGGUGCCGAAGAGGAGGUCAAGUGCUUGCACCAAAAUUUGCAAUCAUUCGAAGCGCAAAUCUCUGACCUGCAGGCGCUUUGCACCGCAGAGAUCGCUAAAGCACAGCAGUUGCAAGAAGAGCUGAACGAGAUGAAGGCUCUGUCCGAAGAUGCCUUAAAUGCGCUUGGGGAGUUGGAGCCGAAGGCCGUCGCCGCAUGCGAAGCUAUCAGCAGCACCUUCUUAGGGAUUGGUGCUUUGGCCACGCCCCCAACACUCGAUAUUGUCGGGCUGGAUGGUCUUAUAAGUUGGAUUAAUGAAACCAGCGGGAGCCUUCUCCCAGCAGCUCAGUUAUAUGGUGACUUCUGCGCGAUGGUUUCAGCCCGAAGCCUUGUCCAAUCAAUUGAAAUGACAGGCUGUGACCAUCACACUGCGCUCCAGAAGCACACCUUUUGAUACCCAACGGA